AUGAUGCGAGGCACCGUGGCGACCGGGGUAGGCCGAAGGCGGCUGCGCACGCGGCAGAGCGGCUUGGUGCGCCGGCGCUCCUCCGACGAGCUCAUGCGGGCACACGAAUGCGAGAGGGAGGAUUGGAGAGGGUUCGGCGGGUCUCUCAUCUCCAUGCGGAGCUCAGAGGGAUCCUCGGGUGCGCACGGGCUCGGAUCGAAUGAUGGUGGCGGCGUCCGCGUGAUUCGCCAUAAGGAGGAAGACAGGCCGCCCACUGACGGGUGGGGCCAGGUCGUCAGCGACACGGGCGAGGGGCGCGGGCACGCGCUGGAUGGGCCGGAGUGCGGGCUGGUAGCUGCGCACGGGAGGUGGGCUUUGGCCCAGGAGGAGGUGCGCGCGCUGGCUGUAGAGAAGCCAGGCCGGGGUUGGGCUACAAGCGGGAGCAGGCCAAAAAUGGGGAGGAAAAAUGCCGCUCUUCCUACUCCUCUCCCCAACACGCAUCCACAUCUGGCCGCUGCCCCCUCCCUGCUCUUCCCCCAUAGGUGGCGCCUUCGCAUCCAGCACCCUCCUCGCCGGUCGCUACCCCUUGGCGCUCCUCCCCUUCUCUCCGGCGGCCCCCCUUCUCAACUCAGUGUCCAGAUCUGUUGGUCCGAGCACAACCGCCGCCCGUCCAGGUGCAACCCCAAGGCGUGCCACCAUCCGUCCAAGCAUGGCCCCAAGUCCGCCGUCGCCGGAGGUGCCCUGCCACCGUCCCUGCUCUGCCUCGACGCAUGGGCGUCUAGAUCUACAACAGCGAGCACUCACAGGAAUAGAUAUGCAAGCAAGUGGCAGCACUUUUCUCAAACUUUAAGGUAUGAACAAAUUCGAGUGGACUAUGUGGCAGCAUUGCUCUUAGGCUCUAAAGGCAUGCACUGCUCAGUUUUGGAUGUUUUAUGAGGCUAUCUAUGGAUUGCGGCAAAAGGACCAAGGCGGUCAUGGUGGCUAUUUUCAUUAGUCAUUAAAGAUUUUGUUGUGCGAGCAAAUCAUCUGAGUUGUUGCUGUACAAGCCAACGUCUUAGUUUUGUAGGUACUUGAGUGUAGCUUGGUUAUUACCUUAGUAUUUCGUGUGAAAUAUUGUACAAGUACAAAUGUUGAUGGUUUUAAUGAAAAUGAUGAGCAAUAUUUGUCAA